CUGGUAAGUGCUGCUUCGAGCCGUAGCCUGUAGGAUGUCCUGGCUGUCCAUGUAAUGUCUGAAUAAUCAACCUGAGGUUACACCGUAUGAGCACUCUUUGCAUGCCCCUAGUCCGCGUAUUGUUAACCCUGUGCUGGGCAGUCUCGGCUACAUCUGCCUCAGUUUCGUACCCCGCGAUCCCGGCCUGGCCACUCGUUGGUGUUGCUGGGUGUGCGUCUGUGGGAUGACACAUGCCUCACUGUGGUCUCUUCGCACUGCUGGUGUCAGUGGUGUGUGCGUGAUUCUAGCUCCAGCUUUAGCUUCAAGAAGCUCGUAAGCCCGCUGCAGAUCAUUGGCGGAAUACCGAAACUCGAAGAUGCUCCUCAGAAAGCUUCCCGUGUCAUGGUGUCUCUUCGUAGCUCUUUCCUUCGAAUCAAGAACCAUCUGCCUCGACUGUUGCCCUGUCGCUGCUCUAGCCUCCAGGGCACAGGCUGAUAAACAGCCCUGUCGGAGAUGCCAUCAGAGUAGGUUUAAACCGAACCGAAGCUUGGACGGCCCCUCCAGAUCGGCAGCGUCCCCUCAUCAAAAGGCAAACCCCAUUCACGGAAGAGAGAGGACCAAAAGAACAAAAAGCCUUGAUCAUCGGCUCCGUCCUUUCCACCCCCCUACUCACCUCGGAACCCAUUUCGUGAUACCUCACUGGAGGAAUAAACGCACAAAUCCCACGACUUUCAUUCCAUUCUCGAGUUUCGGAAACGCAUUUAGCCAUGCCAUCCAAGCGAACCAGAGCAGAGGAUUGGUUCUUUCCAUCGAGAUGCACUUCCGGUCCAGUCAGAUCUGCCGCGUUCAAUCUCGGCCAGUCUUCCCUUUCAGGUUGGUGGUAAGCUUUUCGCCCGGGCCUGUGAAGUCACGUAGACCGGAUGAACCCGGUCACCCAUUUCAACCGACAGCCACUUCGCUUCGUACUUUGCUACGCCGGCAACCCUUCCCUUAUCCGCGACGCUUGCACAACUGCCAAGAAACAUGUCCUGGCCUACCCGUUCGUACUGGUCUUCCGCACGACGUUCAAUUCGACCGUCUUCGCUUGUGCCCGUUGUCGCCGCAAUUGUUGGUUGGCAACGAUAUUCCAUCGAAUGUUCUCUCGCUUAGCCAGCCAUUACGCAACAAACGCGCAACGAAAUGGGUGCACCGUGCAACUAAACCCAUGUCUGCUGCAGCUACAAGCUAGGUAUCGUUAACUGCGGUUUGUGUCCAACCGCUGCGACGCAGCAGACGGGCUUCCUCGUGGACCUCGUGGGCUCCAGGCGCAUAGUGCGCAGACCUGUCACCCGAGAAAUGAAGCGGCGAUGGUCGCGACCUGCCCGAAUCAGCUCCAUGGGCGGACGCCGGGAAAACAUGACGGCACCA